AUGUUGUUCCGCAGUUUUUGUCACGCAGCUCUGCUGUCUGUGGCGGCCAUUCAGGCUACUGCUUUGACAAUCGGCGGGAAGCCAAAUCUCUCAAUCAAACCAUACAAGAGAGAGCCUCUCCAAGAUCUCGUCACUUGGGACGAGCAUAGCUUGUUCGUCCGAGGCGAGCGCAUCCUCUUUUACUCCGGAGAAUUCCAUCCAUUUCGAUUGCCUGUCCCAUCACUUUGGCUGGAUGUAUUCCAAAAGAUCAAGGCCCUAGGUUACAACGGCGUAUCGGUCUAUUGGGAUUGGGCAUUACUUGAAGGGAAACCGGGCGACUUCACAGCUGAGGGCAUAUUCGCUCUUGAGCCGUUCUUCGAAGCGGCAAAGACUGCAGGCAUUUACCUGCUUGCACGACCUGGACCAUAUAUCAACGCAGAGGUGAGUGGCGGCGGCUUUCCAGGAUGGAUCCAGAGAAACCCUGCUCUGCCACGAACGAGGGAUCCUGAAUGGCUCGCAGCGAGCGAGAACUACUCGCGCAACAUGGCCAAGAUUAUUGCAAAGGCUCAGAUCACGGAAGGUGGACCUGUCAUCCUGUUCCAGCCCGAGAAUGAGUAUAGUCAGGCAGACGAGGAGCUCGAUCCCGAAUUUCCAGAUCCAGUGUAUUGGAAGGGUGUUGAGGAUCAAUUUCGCGACAAUGGUAUCGUCGUGCCGUUCAUUUCGAACGACGCUCGACCCGCCGGGUAUUUCGCACCCGGUCCUCCACCGGCCUCUAAAGUCACCGUCGAUAUCUACGGCCACGAUGGAUAUCCCUUGGGAUUCGAUUGCGCCAACCCAUACACGUGGCCUGCAGCAGCCCUUCCAACCAACUAUGGCGAGUUGCACAUCAACCAGAGCAAAAGCACCCCCUAUUCUUUGAUCGAAUUCCAAGGCGGGUCAUUCGAUCCGUGGGGAGGUCUCGGAUUCGCUCAGUGCUCUGAUCUGAUCGGUCCCGAGUUUCAACGUGUCUUUUACAAGAACGACUUCUCGUUUGGCGUUACAAUCUUCAACAUUUACAUGACAUACGGUGGCACCAACUGGGGCAAUCUUGGCCACCCGGGUGGAUAUACAAGCUACGACUACGGCGCUGUAAUUGCAGAGGGCCGUGAGGUCAACAAGGAGAAGUAUUCGCAGGCCAAGCUCCUUGCCAACUUUUUGCAAGCCUCGCCAGCCUACUUGACAGCGGUCUAUCAGAACAACAGUAAUGCGAACGGAUCUUACACCGGGAACUCGGCGAUUGCGACCACUGCAUUGUUUGGCAACGUUACCAAGUUCUUCGUCGUACGACAAGGAGCUUACCAGUCUCGGGAGACGGUCAACUACAACAUCACUUUGCCCACUAGCAAAGGAGAUAUCAGCGUUCCUCAGCUAGGUGGUAGCCUGUCCAUCCAUGGAAGAGAUUCGAAGAUCUUUGUGACCGACUAUGAUGUUGGAGGGUCUGCCAACUUGCUCUACAGCACAGUCGAGAUAUUCACAUGGAAGAUCUAUGGCUCGAAGAGUGUCUUGGUGCUAUACUCUGGCCCGGACGAAACGAACGAGCUAGCAUUCUCGAACUGCGGCGAUGCUAAGCUGAUCGAAGGCGAUGGCGUUCAACUUGACAGUAAAGAUGACGUGACCAUCAUCCACUACAACAGUAGUCCGAGCAGAAGGAUCGUUGAGCUCAGCGAAAAUGUCAUUGUCUACCUCCUGGACAGACAGGAUGCUUACAACUACUGGGUGAUUGACUUGCCAAACGACAGCACAACUGGAAACUACACCAACAACAAGCUCUCCCCAUCCACACCUAUUGUCAAAGCAGGUUAUCUCCUCCGUACUGUUGAGGUUGUAGGUCAAAGCAUGCAUCUCACAGGUGAUCUCAAUGCAACCGCCCCCAUUGAGAUCAUUGGAGGUGCUCCCGGUUGCUUGGAGAAGCUCACAUUCAACGGAGAGUCGUUGGAUUUCACGCAGUCUGAGACUGGGGUAGUGUCAUCUUCUGUUCAUUACUCCGAGCCGGAGGUGUCCCUGCCGGAUCUUACUUCGCUCCAGUGGAAGGUGAUUGACAGCUUGCCCGAAGUUCAAUCCAGCUACGACGACAGSCUGUGGACGACCGCGGACCUCAAAUAUAGUAACAAUACCGCCAGAAAUCUUACCACUCCCACCUCACUGUACUCCAGCGACUACGGCUACCACACGGGCAAUCUGAUCUACCGCGGCCACUUCACUGCCACUGGAAACGAAUCAUCAUUGUACUUGGCGACCCAGGGUGGUUCUGCGUAUGGUCACUCAAUUUGGCUCGAUGACAAAUUCGUCGGGUCUCUGUAUGGUGCUGAUGUGAUCAUCUUCUACAAUCAGACUUACACACUUCCCACUACAGUGGCCGGCAAAGAGCAUGUCAUCACUGUGCUGAUUGACAACCAAGGGCUGGACGAGAACGGCGAAGCUGGAGAYAGUAAGAUGAAGAACCCAAGGGGCAUCACAGACUACAGCCUUUCUGGCCGCAGCCAGACGGAUAUUACGUGGAAGCUGACUGGCAAUCUUCAUGGCGAGGACUAUGAAGAUCGGACUYGCGGUCCACUCAACGAAGGUGGAUUAUACGCCGAGCGACAAGGCUAUCAUCUCCCUGGCGCCCCAACGAAGUCCUGGAAGGAUAGUGCUGGACCAGCAGAGGGUAUCUCCGCACCCGGUGUCGCCUUCUACGCAACCACGCUCGACCUCGACCUGCCAAUUGGAUACGACAUUCCGCUGUCUUUCUCUUUCACGAAUAGUAGCGCGGCGGACGCCAACAUCACCACGCAAGGAAACGCCGUCUCAAGCUACCGCUCGCAAAUCUACGUCAAUGGGUAUCAAUUUGGGAAGUACAUUAACAACAUUGGCCCUCAAACGGUCUUUCCCGUUCCCGAAGGAAUCCUUAACUACCAUGGUAGCAACUACAUUGCCGUCAGUUUGUGGGCUCUGGAUACAGAUGGCGCAAAGGUCAACAACUUCAGCCUGAUCGCUGGUCAUCCUGUUCAGACCGGGUUUGGCCCGAUCGAGCUGAGUCCUGCACCAGAAUGGAAACAGAGAGAGGGAGUCUAUUAA